UUCUUUCACUGCAGGCUGCAGCAGCCAAAGAGCAUAUCUUUCUCGUUCCUUGAUUCGCCAUCUCUCUUUCCUCAUCAUACAAUUUUAUUUUUCAAAAUAUAAAAUUAAAAGUGGGGUUUGGAAUCUGGCAUCAUCAAAAGUAGCCAAAACCCCAGAAAAAUCAAAUCUUUAGUUUGAAAUUUUGAGAAUUUAGGAAUUUUAUUGUUAUAAACAAUAAAAAAAAUCAAAGGCCAACAGAGAAAACAUGUCAACCACCACCUCGUUGCGGCUGUUGUUGUCUCUCUCUCCUUCUACACCUCCCCUUCAACCUUCAUCUUCAACCUUUAGUUUGAGCUUUUGUUCAACUUCUCCUUCAUCUUCUUCGUCUUAUUCAUAUCAACAAAAAUGGUUCGUGCCAAAGAGAUCUUCUUUCAGUUCCAGGAUUGGCGCAAAUCUGAGGAUUCCUGACAAUAUGGACAGAGGAAGGACAGAAAUUGAAAAUGUCUCUGACAUGUUUGGUUCGGACGAAGAGAGUGGCACUAAAAUUCCAACACAAGCACAAUCUAUUGUGGAGGGGUCAAGCUCAGUAAUGGUGUCUGAAUUUAAACCUGUUCGUGAUGUUGAUUACAUACAGGAGCUGUUAGCUAUUCAGCAACAAGGGCCAAGAUCAAUUGGAUUCUUCGGAACCAGAAAUAUGGGCUUCAUGCAUCAAGAGCUGAUUGAGAUACUUAGCUAUGCUAUGGUCAUCACUAAAAACCACAUAUAUACCUCUGGUGCCGCAGGGACUAAUGCAGCUGUCAUACGAGGUGCUUUAAGAGCUGAGAGACCAGAACUGCUUACUGUAAUUUUACCUCAAAGUUUGAAAAAGCAGCCACCAGAAAGCCAGGAGCUAUUAGCUAAAGUGAAGAAUGUCAUAGAGAAGCCUCACAAUGAUCACUUACCUUUACUAGAAGCAAGCAGGUUAUGCAACAUGGACAUCAUUUCAAAAGUUCAGCAGGUUAUUUGUUUUGCAUUCCAUGAUAGCAAGUUACUCAUGGAAACCUGUCAAGAAGCAAAAAACCUUCGGAAGAUUGUAACUCUCUUCUACCUGGAUUGAGAAAAUAGAACAAAAAUGAACUUUUGUGUGUCCAUAGAUUAUUUGAAGCUGGGAAGCACGACCCCUUUGAACAAAGAGCGGUCAAACACGUCUUACACUGUUUCGCUGGAGGAUGAAUUUCUGGGGUAGGAAGGUUUGUUUAGCAUUGCAGUGUAGAGUAGGUCACGAUACUAAAUAUACUUCAUUUGAAGGAAUUCAUUUGCUCCUCGUCUAUAUAUUAGUAAAGCUACUGUAUCCACUGUUUUCUUUUGCAGACAAACCAUUUGUUAAUUUUUCGGAAUUCUAUGAUCUUACAAGUUCUGAUCAAAUUGUA